AUGUCCUGGCAGCAGAACCAGAAGCAGUUCCCGCCCACGCCCCAGUUCCCCCAGCAGUGCCAGCCUCCACCCAAGUGCCCCCCGAAAUGCCCUCCCAAGUGCCCUCCUAAGUGCCCAGCUCCGUGCCCAACUCUGUCCUCGUGCUGCGGUCCCAGCUCCGGGGGCUGCUGCGGUCCCAGCUCAGGGGGUGGCUGCGGUCCCAGCUCGGGGGGCGGCUGCUGCCUGUCUCACCACCAUCACCACCGGCCCCAUCUCUUCCACCGCCACCGGCACCAGAGCCCUGAAAGCUGCAACGACAAUUCCGACUGCUGCUGA